UGAGCGCAGGCAGAGCUUGAGGCUGUGUGUCAAAGGAGAGAGCUGGCUUGGCCAAUCGCAUCACAAGACCUUGAGUGGCUGCCAAGCCUGCCAAGUAAACGGUUGCGGGGCGGCUGCAGGGAGAGGGAGCGGGGCGGGGGGGAUCCCCUUUUCACAAGGAAAGGCGAAUCCAGCAGAGGGGAAGGGAGUGCUCUCUUCGCCCAUCGUCGGCUCUCUAACCUUAACAUGCGCUUGCGGGCAGCAAUGGAGCUCCUGCCCCAUCGGUUGGCCCGAAACGAUUCGUUUCCAAAACUCGUCGCGUGGCACAAAGGUCCUCGGAGGGAGGAAGAGGAGGAGUUGCGAGGCAUCCCAUUUGACCCGUAGGAGCCUUGAAGUUUGUCCUGCUUCCCAGCGAUCUUCCCAAACGACCCAGCAGGGGUGUGAAAAGGGCUGCAAAUCCCCGCGCCGUCCUGUAUUUGAGAACUUUCGAGCUGUGCAAGGAGCGGCGGACUUCGGGCAGAGAGAAAGCGUUGAAUAAUGAUGGGUUUCUUUGCACGUCAACCGCCCAUCUCCCCACAUUAAAUGACGUAACGAGACAAUUGUGCCACAGUACUGGGUGCAGUUACCGAACCUAGAUUGUUAUUCAUAGAUCUCUUUCCUAACUUGGAGUUAGAAGGACUAAUUCGUAAAUAUCCACAGGAUUGUACCUCAGUUCAGUCAAGUCCUGCCCUUUUUUUCACCGACUUUCUGCCCUGUCUGGCUUAGCAGGUGCAACAGCCACGCUAAAUUCUUGUACGGCGCGUUUGUAGUUUGCCAGUGGUUAACCUCAUGGGAGUUCCCUGAGCACAUGGCGGUUAUUAUAGUUCUUGUGGGAACCAGCCCCCCAAUUAUAUUAAGCCGUUUGUACGCUGAAGUGCACUGUGCGAAAGUAAGUCGGCUUCACAUGAUGUCUACCCUAAAACAUUUUCUGUCGAGAGAAGGAGCUACACGCUGUACGUUGACAGCAUUCAUUGCAGCGCGCGUAGACAACAGUGCUUUCUCUAUGCGAGUCAACAAGCUUUCAGCGCGUGCCUAGUACUGCAGGGACUGAAGGGGGGGAAACUGCUCCGCUCAGCCUUCGUAUGCGGUAACCGUACAGGCCUCCCCACCCACCCUCACCGAGGUACUUCAAGAAAAUUGGCGGCGCCCAAUGAGAGAGCGUAGACUAUAAGGGGCGGAGCUAAGCUGGGAGGGAGGAGAAUCGUUGGGUGGUGUUGCUGGGAGACCCCGGCCGGGUCAGUGUUCCGUCCCUCCCCGCUGUUAUCCCGGCAUUUAUAUAUAUAUGGGGCGUGUGCAGCUGCUGCGAAGUUCCAGCAGUCUAGAUAGCUGUGGCUUUGGUUGAGUCUGUCUGGGAAACUGAUGAGAUUAAUUCCGAUCUCAAGCAGUUAGCCCUUUCCUAUUCAGUCGUGGCGCAUCCAAAGCUCCCGAGGAAAGUGGGAUCUUUCGGUCCUUCCUGCAUUUCCGACCAUUACAGGAUCUAGAAAUGUCUACAACACUUUUAUCUGCCUUCUACGACAUCGACUUUUUCUGCAAGACCGAAAAAUCUUUGAGCAACAUGCUGGACAAGAAGGCAGUGGGGAGCCCUGUGGGCACCUCUCCCAGCUCCAAUUUCACGCCGGGCUUUCUGCGAAGGCACUCGACCAGCAAUCUUCAGGCUCUGGCAAACGGCAACAUCAAGUUUCCUAGUGCCUCGCUGUCCGCGCCCUCUAACUUCGGCAGCCUUAAGGAGCCUGGCACCGGGGCAGGCGGCAGCAGUAGCAGCCCCACCACCGCCUUGCUGAACAAGGAGAACAAGUUUCGAGACCGGUCUCUCAGCGAGAAUGGCGAACGAAGCCAACACCUCAUGCAACAGCUGCACCAGCAGCAAGUGGUGGUUGUGGCAGCGGCUUCGGCGGGAAAGGGCGGCGGCGGCGGCAAUGGGGGAGGAGGCGGAGGAAACGGCGGAGGGGGAGCACCGAUCAACUCCACACGUUACAAGACGGAGCUCUGUCGGCCAUUCGAAGAGAGCGGCUCCUGCAAGUACGGCGAAAAGUGCCAGUUCGCUCACGGCUUCCACGAGCUCCGCAGCCUGACCCGCCACCCCAAAUACAAGACAGAGUUGUGCCGCACUUUCCACACCAUCGGCUUCUGCCCCUAUGGGCCUCGCUGCCAUUUCAUCCACAACGCGGACGAGCGCCGCCCAGCGCCCGCCAACGGCAGCGCUAAUCCGCCAGCGGCCCAGCAGCAACCGCCCCCGCCUCCCCCUCUCCAGCCCAACCCUCCGCCUCACAGCAGCCACCCUUCGCAUCACCACCACCACCACCACCCCCCUUCCCUGCACCCCCCGCACGCGGGCAGCACGGGCGACCUCCGCGCCUUCGCCCCCUCCGCCCGAGACCACCCGUUGGGGUCUGGAGGGACCAACGGCACCAACUUCGGCAUCCCGCACCCCCGUGGGGGAGGAGACAGGCCCAAACUCCACCACAGCCUCAGCUUCUCCGGUUUCUCCGCCCACCAGCACCAUCACCACGGCGGGGCUGUGGCGCAGGGCGGGCUGGAAGCGGCGGCCCUGCUCCUAGAAAGCCCCGGUGGGUCCCGCACCCCGCCGCCACCUUCGGGCGGCUCCUACUGUGACGACUUGGUCGCCUCCUGCGCCAAUAACGCCUUCGCCUUCUCGGCCGGCCAGGAGCUGGGUAGCCUUAUCGCUCCUCUCACUCUUCACCCGCCGCCGCCGCCACCUUCCGCGCCUCAGCAGGGCUGCUUCGCCAACGCGGCGGCUUUCUACCGCUGCCAUCAGCAGCAGAGCGGAGGAGGUGGAGGGAGCUGCUGCCCACCGCCCGGUCCUCCCGCCUCUCCGCCUUUCAGCUUCCAGCCUUUGCGCCGCCUUUCUGAGUCGCCCGUCUUCGACGCCCCUCCGAGUCCUCCGGAUUCUCUCUCCGACCGAGAGAGUUACCUGAGCGGCUCCCUCAGUUCCGGCAGCCUCAGCGGAUCCGAGUCCCCCGGCCUAGACUCGGGGAGGCGUCUGCCCAUUUUCAGCCGCCUCUCGAUCUCCGAUGACUAAGGAGGUCAGGAGUGGGGAGAGGCUCUUGGAAGCUCCCGUUUUUUUAGGGGGUCCUAUUCCCCUGGGCAAUCCCAGUUGGGGUAGUUACUCGCUGCCCUUUCUUUCCCGUCUUACUUCCCAUCCUAUUCAUCAGGAGUGGAAACUAGCCAAGUUCGCACAGACUAUUUUUGUUGCUCAUUUCUUUUUCAGUGUGUGCUUUCCUUUUUUCUUUUUUGAGAUAAAUCCUUUGAUUGCUGAGCAAAUUCAGAAAGGAGAAAGCAAAAGAAACUUUUUUUCUUUUUAUCAAGAUGAACAAAAAUCAAUUUGCAGACGAGCAAAUGAUGUCAUCAAGAACAAUUUUUUUUUAAUCUAAAGACUUUGGAAGGAUGGGAUUUCUUUUUUUUUUUUUCCUCCUCUGCACCCCUCCCAGACUAGUUUAAUGUGCAUCACCAGCAACAGCCAUUCCAUUUUCAAGUGUUUGUGGGGAGGAUACAAAGGGUAAAGAGUAUUUAGCAAACAAAUCUAUCCAAUCAUACUCCCUGAGGAAUCAGCAAUCAAUCUGGAGGCCCAUGAACUCUGCAUUCCAGGUCCCUUCAGAUCUAUAUACAACAAAAAAGAAUAAAAGAAGAGUGGAAUUUGUUGCCUUUCAAUCAGAUUUAAAGUAAAUAUACUAAACAUAUAAGCUUUUAAAAGAAAAAUCCAACAUCCUGCCAAGAAUAUGCCUUGAUAACUCUAGUUUUUUAUGUAUCUAUAUAUAUUAUAACAUGCUAAAACUUCCAUUCCAAAGUUUAAUAUUGGUUCCAUUGCCACCACUUAGUGGAUGUUUGGCUUAGAACAAUUUUUGUUGCUUUAUUUGGAAGCAUUCAACUGAAUUUAGUUUGUAAUUGUUGAUGAAUAACUGCUGAUUUUUUAAAUUUUUUUUAGCUGAGUUUGCGCAAGUCACUGCACAACUCAAUAUGAACCUAUUUAACUUAUUUAUUAUCUUGUGAAAAGUAUACAUUGGUAAUUUGUUCAUACUGUAUUUAUCGGGUAUGAUGAAAAGCAAUAGAUAUAUAUUCUUUUAUUAUGUUUAAAUUAUGAUUGCCAUUAUUAAUCGGCAAAAUGUGGAGUGUGUUCUUUUCACAGUAAUAUAUGCCUUUUUGUAACUUCACUUGGUUAUUUUAUUGUAAAUGAGUAAAAUUCUUAAUUUAAGAGAUUGUAUGUAAUAUUUAUUUCAUUAAUUUCUUUCCUUGUUUACGUAAAUUGAAAAAUUGCAUUGGCUUUUUUUUUUUUUUACAGAAUCUGACUCAAUGCUGUGGAAGUAGUUUGAGAAAUUUCAUUGGUUUUUUUUAAGAAUGUACAAUGGUUGUAACCCGUCCAAACUUAAACCUACUUCACAAUCAAUCCAAAUUUAAAGUGGCAAACCUAAUUCUUAAAAUUAACCAAAAUGUAUUUCUGUUGCCUAACUUCACCAAUCACACUGUGAUAGUUUCAGAGUAUGUAGCAAUAAAAGGGGUAGGGGUAGGGGUGGGGUCCCAGUAUUACGUUUCACAGUGCCUUUUGUAAGGGUCCAUGCUUGCCUUAAAAAUCUUCCUCAACCAAAUGAGUAUUUUUUCUUAAUGCUUGAGAAUUUGAAUGUAGGGCUGGGUUUUUAUCUACAAGAAAUUGUACCACUCAUUUUUAUUAUGGAGGCCACCUUUUGGAUCUGAACCUCUUUCAGUGUACAAGUUUAUAUCUUUAUUAAGAUUCCAACACAUGUAACUUUUUGUUGUGUAGGAAAUCAGGAGUUAUCCAAAUCUUCUCUGGGUGAUGAAUGAAUGAGCAGUAUCUCUUUAAAUGUACAUAGGUACAGGUUCACCACUAUGUACUCUUUGGACUACUUUAACAGAAGUAUGUUUUGAAUGUAACUAGAAGAUAAGUCAAUUUGAGUUGUAAUAUAUUUUGGAGAGUCAGUUCAUUACAAAUUCGAAGUGUGAGACUGUAAACUUUGUACUGUAAAUGUUUUGUAGUUCUCCCAAUAAAACUUUUGAGGAAAAAAAUUCCCAAGCUAUUAAAGCCAUGUCUACAA